AUGUAACUACAUGCAAAGUUACUACGAUCAUGUUUGAAAGCAUAUGUAUAUUUUUGUAUUAAUGUAGUUACAAUUAGUGGCUAACUUCACUUUGUUUACUAUGACCGUUUCAACGUUUGAAUUCUAUGAUAAAGUAUUGUGAAAUAAAUUGACGAAAAAGUAAUUGAUCAAUAUGUCUUUAAAAACCAAACGUAUGCAAAAGAUCUUGGAUCCUAUUGAAAUACAAAUAAAUAAUUUGAAGCAUUCGAUAAGAGACAGCGAGGCUGGACAAUCCGAUGUUCUAAAUAUAAAAUCAGUUUUUUGUGAUCAGUUACGUAUUCUAGGUGAAAAAUUUGAGAACUUAUCCAAGGAUGAUAUUACCGAUUAUCAAGAAAUGAAAACUAAAAUUGCCAAUACCAUUGAAGAAUUUUGUUUAUCCAAUGAAAUAGUUGCUAAUGAAUGGGUAGAAAAUAUCAACAGUCAUACGAGCAAAGAUGCAAUAGGAACGUUACUUGACAAAUUUAUAAUGGCUUUAAAAGCACUUGAAAAUCUUGAAUGUUUGCCAUUAAAACAAAGACUUCAAGAUUGUUUCGAUUAUGUUAAAGAAAUGGGUGCUGAAAAUGAAAUUGAAGAUUUUCAAAAUAUAAAGGAACUUGGUACUUCUAUACUUGAAGUACUUGGUCCGUUACAAAAAUAUAGAAAAAGUUUAAUUUCAAAUUUUCUUUCGGAAAGAAUAGCAUUGUAUGCAUUCCAGAUACAUACAACGUUCAGUAUGUUAGCACAGCUGGUUCAGGAGCAACAUCAUUUAAAUGCAUCAAUUUAUAAUUGUAAGAAAUAUAUAUGCGAAAGAAUAAGUCUUUGUUUCAAAUUAAUAAUUGAAGUACUGGAAGCGCCAAAUCCAUCUCCAGAAGAUGAAACUAUGGAAAAAGAAAAUCAUUUUGUUUAUAGAAUGGAUUUGGUACUCGACAUUAUAGCUGAAAUGUCAACAAAAACUCAAGACGAACAGAUACUAGAAUGUACCCAAUUGUGGUGGGGUAUAGAAGAUAUAUUUUCACAUGCAAUGUCGAUUGCACAAAUGUGUCAACCGGAAAAUUUUGAAGCAAUAUCAGCAGCUUGUCGAUCGAUUAUGGGAGAAUACGAAAAUUUAAAAUCCCAAUUAUGCUCUGAAACUUUUGAUCCUAGCGUCAAUAAUCUCUUCAUGAAUACUUUAAAUGACGCAUUAUAUCGUUUAGAACGCAAAGUCAAUAUUUCAGUGUUAAUGCUUGUUAUGGAAGUAUUUAGCGAUCCUUUUAAUGCUUUGAGAAAACUUGUCUUGACGUGCGGAAUUACAUUAACCGCUAAAAAAAGAUCUAAAAACGAUUUACAUAGCGCAAUUGAAGAUUUUGAUCAGCUUACGGAUAAAGCUAUGCUAAUCGGAAUAUUUGCUAACGCGUGUUGCAGAGAUGUUGAGCGUGUCAACAAAAUUCGAAAUUGUUUAGCAAGUAUUGAAUUGUUAGAAAGUGAAUUGAUUGCUGCUAUCACUGCAUUCUACCUUCAUCCGGAUAAUAAAGAAUUUCGUGCUAGUGUUAAACUUUUAACAUCUCAAUGGCAAUUAGAGAUGAAUAAAUUACAUAAUACAGUUAAUUUGAUUAUUGAUUCUGCUGCUUAUUGCCAGGUAGUUUUAGACGAUCUUCAAGAACGUAUACGUAUCAUGUCUGAUUGUUUUGACAAUAGAGAAGCUGUAACUCUACAACAAGUACAAAGUAUUGUUUUAAGAGCAGUUUCAUUGUCUAGCCAAUUAACUGUAACUGUAAAUGAUAUUGGAAGUGAUAAUAUCGAUAGACAAACUAUAAUGAUGAUUCGAGAAUUAAAAGCAGCUAUAUUUGAGACGGAUGCAAGUGCAAAAAAGCUUUUGGUAGAAAAUGCUACCGAACCGCAACAGUUGCGAGUCAUUAAAAGAUGCGAAUUGAUAUUAAAUGUAAUCAAACGAUUGCAGCCUGCUUUAGUCAACGUUAUGAAUAAUUCAAUGUUAAUGAAUACUAAUUAUGGCAAAGCAAGCAUGGGACAAGGGGAUAUGCUUCACAAUUCAAGUAUAAAUUAUUCUACUACAGCUUACGGUUUGCCGCAAGAAGGAAAAAACUUAACUUAUAUAAGAACGCCAUACACAGUGCAAAAUUAUAAACCACCGUUAUCGAUACAACCAGCCAAUAGCGUACCGAGGACACAAGCAAAUUUAUCAUCUUUAAUUCCUUAUAUAAAAGCUGGACGUAUCAUACGCACAGAACAAACUAUAAUAUUCAAAACACCGCAAAAAAUGGCAAAAGAUAUUGAUGAACAGAGCAUGCAGAGAAAAUUAAAGUCUCGACAUUUAUCCAAUGUUAGGCAACAUUUAUUUAGCAGAGAAAGUUUUAUGCAACAAAGCGAAAUUAAUUUCUCUUCUGAGACGAUAGAUUUAACAGAUAUAUUAGAAAAAGUUACAAAAUUAUCUGAAACAUUGACAUCAUCGUUACUUAUCUCACGUGAUGCAAAAAUGGAAUUCAAUAAUUUGCCAGACGAAGAAAAAAUUGGAUCCUUGACAAAUGAAUUGUGCGAUAUUAAAGUUUGCACGAUGAAACCUUUCCAAGAUUUAAAUCAAUCUGUUGUUAAGGAAACAUUAGAAGAAUCUUCUAUAAUAGGUGGUGGCGACGCUCCAUCAAUUGAAUCAGAAAAAUAUGAAGAGGUUCAACGAUUAGAAAAAAAACUGGAGAUCUUAUAAAAGCAAGUAAUAAAAGAUUAAGUAGUCUCUUAAAAGAAUUAGGAGAAUAAUAUUAAAUAGUUGAAAAAACAACUGGUGCAACUAUAUCAUAAAUCCGUCCAGAAAAGAACAAAUAAAAUAAACAAAUAAAGGAAUAAUAGUUUAUGCCAAAUGCAUAUGAAAGAUAUUGAAUGCAACAAGACUGAAUAAAAAAAAAUAGAACUAUUUUCACAUACAAACUAUUUA